GGCGCAGGCCGGCCCGCCAUGGGGUCCCUGUUCCGGAGCGAGACCAUGUGCCUGGCGCAGCUCUUCCUGCAGUCGGGCACGGCCUACGAGUGCCUCAGCGCCCUGGGGGAGAAGGGCCUGGUCCAGUUCCGAGACCUCAACCAGAAUGUAAGUUCUUUCCAAAGAAAAUUUGUUGGCGAGGUGAAGAGGUGCGAAGAGCUGGAACGAAUUUUGGUGUAUUUGGUGCAGGAAAUUAAUAGAGCUGAUAUCCCCCUUCCUGAGGGAGAGGCCAGUCCUCCUGCGCCACCUCUUAAACAGGUUCUAGAAAUGCAGGAGCAGUUGCAGAAGCUCGAGGUUGAACUAAGAGAAGUCACUAAGAACAAGGAGAAACUGAGGAAAAAUCUGCUGGAACUGAUUGAGUAUACUCACAUGCUGAGGGUGACAAAAACCUUUGUGAAACGAAAUGUUGAGUUUGAACCCACUUAUGAAGAAUUCCCUGCCUUAGAGAAUGAUUCUUUGUUGGACUACAGCUGUAUGCAGAGGCUGGGAGCAAAACUGGGGUUUGUGUCUGGCCUAAUUAAUCAAGGAAAAGUUGAAGCAUUUGAAAAAAUGUUGUGGAGGGUCUGCAAAGGGUACACCAUCGUGACCUAUGCAGAACUGGACGAGUCCCUUGAAGACCCUGAAACAGGGGAAGUCAUAAAAUGGUAUGUGUUUUUAAUAUCCUUUUGGGGAGAGCAGAUUGGCCACAAGGUUAAGAAGAUAUGUGAUUGUUACCACUGCCAUGUCUACCCCUAUCCAAAUACGGCUGAGGAGCGAAGAGAGAUUCAGGAGGGACUAAACACUCGGAUUCAAGAUCUUUAUACUGUGCUUCACAAAACUGAGGAUUACCUAAGGCAAGUGCUCUGUAAGGCUGCUGAGACGGUCUACAGCCGCGUCAUCCAGGUGAGGAAGAUGAAGGCUAUUUACCACAUGCUGAACAUGUGCAGCUUUGACGUGACCAACAAGUGCCUCAUUGCCGAGGUCUGGUGUCCUGAGGCUGACCUGCAUGACCUGCGCCGUGCGCUGGAGGAAGGCUCGAGAGAGAGUGGUGCUACAAUCCCCUCAUUUAUGAACACAAUCCCAACAAAAGAAACACCUCCCACCCUCAUCCGCACCAACAAGUUCACCGAGGGAUUUCAGAACAUCGUGGAUGCCUAUGGAGUUGGCAGCUACAGAGAAGUGAAUCCAGCUCUCUUCACCAUCAUCACUUUCCCAUUUUUAUUUGCUGUGAUGUUUGGAGACUUUGGACAUGGCUUUGUGAUGUUCUUAUUUGCCCUCUUGUUGGUGUUAAAUGAAAAUCAUCCCAGACUAAAGCAGUCACAGGAGAUCAUGAGAAUGUUUUUUAAUGGUCGAUACAUCCUCUUGCUGAUGGGGCUGUUCUCAGUAUACACAGGCCUCAUCUACAACGACUGCUUUUCAAAGUCAGUCAACCUUUUUGGCUCUGGGUGGAAUGUCUCUGCCAUGUAUAGCUCCAGUCACGCUCCGCAGGAGCAUAAGAAGAUGGUACUUUGGAACGACAGUGUCGUGAAGCACAGCAGGGUUUUGCAGUUGGAUCCGAGUGUUCCUGGAGUGUUCCAAGGCCCUUAUCCUCUUGGCAUUGACCCUAUUUGGAACUUGGCCACAAAUCGCCUUACUUUUCUAAACUCUUUCAAAAUGAAAAUGUCUGUGAUUUUAGGAAUUAUUCACAUGACCUUUGGAGUCAUUCUGGGAAUAUUUAACCACUUGCACUUCAGGAAGAAGUUCAAUAUUUAUUUGGUUUCCAUCCCAGAACUUCUCUUCAUGCUCUGCAUCUUUGGAUACCUUAUAUUUAUGAUUGUUUAUAAGUGGCUGGUUUUUUCAGCAGAAUCCUCCAGAGUUGCUCCUAGCAUUCUGAUUGAAUUUAUCAACAUGUUUUUAUUCCCAGCUAGUGAGACAAAUGGUCUUUACCGAGGGCAGGAGCAUGUCCAGAGAGUGUUGCUAGUUGUCACAGCUUUGUCUGUCCCCAUCCUCUUCUUGGGAAAACCACUCUUUUUGCUGUGGCUGCACAAUGGGCGCAGUUGCUUUGGAGUAAGCCGGAGUGGCUACACACUUGUCAGGAAAGACAGUGAGGAAGAGGUUUCUUUGCUGGGAAGCCAAGAUAUAGAAGAGGGAAAUAACCAGAUGGAAGAUGGAUGCAGAGAAGUGACAUGUGAAGAGUUUAAUUUUGGAGAAAUAUUAAUGACCCAAGUAAUUCACUCCAUUGAGUACUGUCUUGGAUGCAUCUCCAACACCGCUUCAUACCUGAGGCUCUGGGCGCUCAGUCUGGCUCAUGCACAGUUAUCCGAUGUCCUGUGGGCCAUGUUGAUGCGAGUGGGCCUUCGUGUGGACAGGACGUACGGGGUCUUGCUGCUGCUCCCGGUUAUUGCGCUUUUUGCGGUUCUGACAGUUUUCAUCCUUUUGAUCAUGGAAGGGCUUUCUGCGUUUCUUCAUGCCAUACGGCUCCAUUGGGUAGAGUUUCAGAACAAAUUCUACGUUGGUGCAGGCACCAAAUUUGUUCCUUUUUCAUUCCGUCUACUUUCAUCAAAGUUCAAUAAUGACGACAGUGUGGCAUGAUCAUGUUGCUGUAACCAACAAGCUUUCAGAUAUAUGGAGAAUUAUCAUGUUAUAGAAUUUCACUUGUGUCAGAUUUAUGAUAGGAAAAAUUCUGUCUUUAUCGAUUGCCUUAUGAUAUAGCCAAAUAAUUUUGUAAGAUAUACCUCUUCCUCAUAUAUUAAAUAUUUUGUAAAGUUUGCCAAUUUCAGAUAUAUAAAGUUCUUUUGGUUUUUAUGAUGAGCAAAUAUAAGUUAAUGCCAAAUGUUAAAGUUUUUUUUAAAAUAUAGGAUUGGGGGAGAGAAGCUAAUUUUUGAAUGGCUAAUUGAAAAUGGUCUUAGAUAUUUGAUUUCUUUCACCUUAUUUGAAAAACAAGGAAUUCAUCUUUAAUCUGAAAUUGUCAGAUAAUAUUUUCCAACAGCUGAAGUUAAGCAUAGUUUUAUAAAAAAUGUAGUGACGAUAAUCAAAAGAUUCACAUUUAUUCUGUUUGAUUAAAAAUAUGCAAACAUUUUUUAAGGUAUGCUAUCUAGAAUUACAAGUAGAGGAUUGUUUUUACAGUUUUGUCUUGUUUUAAUAAUGGGGGAAAAUGGGAUAAAAUAACAUACAAAAGGUUAUCCCACUUAUAUAUUUUUUUAAAGACUCUAAUGCUGUUAUCCUUACAUAAAACCCAUUAUGGUAAUUGUUUGGAAAGAUACUGUAUACUGAGCCUUAAAACCCAGUGUGACUGUGGAAGCUGUAAUAUGCAUCUGAUUUGAACUUAAUGACCAUCUUGGCUGUUGUUCCUGAACCAAAAGGGUUUAUACUGACUGUAGGAAGUGUAAAAAGUAGUAUUUUGUAUAUUUUAAUAACAAAAUUUAAAUUAAGAUAUUUUACUGUGAAGAGGUUGUACUUAUCCUUGAGAACAGUAUAAUUUUUUACUUUCGGUCUAAUCCUAAAUAAUGGUCUGAUAAAAGUAUUUAGAGUUAAUUUAAACUUCCAAACACUGUUUAGAUCAGUUGAAAACUAAUUCUUACUAAGCCGUUAAUUUAUCAUCUUUAGUUUAAAUUCAUCUAUUGACAUUUGGUUUUAUAUGAAUUUGAGUCCUCUUGAACAUUUCGAUCUAUUCCAUAUUGUCAGUUAUGGUCAUUUUUCAUAUUUUACUUUAAUUGAUUUUAGAUUAUUAUUUUCAAAAAGAAAUCUGAAGUAUUUUCACUUUUUAAAAAUUUUGAGUAAAACACCUCAAAAGGCUUUUUUGUCACCAUAUUCCUUUACCCUGUUUAGUGGUAGCGGUUUGGCACUUUCAUUACAAGCUGAGAUUAUGGUAGCACUGAAUUUAAGCGUAUCUUUUCCGGUAAUUUCAAAGCCUGUUUGCUGAGAGGCAUGAACUGAUAUAUGAAAUAGUUGUGACUCUAAAAUUAAACCUUUUUAAUUAUAGCAGAUUCUGUGCUGCUACUUGAUGAUAUGUUACCUAAAGGCAGUUUGGAUUUACUGCUUUUUGUCCCUCAUAGUAAAUUGUCAAAAAUAAAACAAUGCUGAUGAAAUUCUUGAAAAUGAUUCUGCUCUCAAAGUUAAGUUUUCCCAAAAAGGUGUAAGUUGGGCACUUCUGUUGGGUGAAUAUGAAAUCCAGGUGAUGCUAUUUAGGUUUCAAACUUGCUCCUCACUUAUAGCUGAUGUCCCCCACAAGCUGUCACUUUUGUUACCUUACUCCAAGGAUCUGUCAUAAAAAUAAUGGUAACUAGUUCAUUCCUAGCAAACCCAAGAUUUCAGUCACUAUUAACUGAUUAGUAAGUGAGGGACAUAUAGUAUCUGCUGUAAUUUUUUUACUGCUCCCACUGGUAAUUGUCAUGGCAGCCACUUUUUAAUUCUAAUUAACAUCUCUUAUCAGGGUAGAGAACAGAGAGUCAAGAGUAAUUUUUCAGUUGAAAUCUAUGUAGUAGUUAUAUAAAAUGUAAUUAUAUAAAAAACCUAAUAAUCCUAACUUUUGUGAAAGAACUCUCUGGAAAUCUAGUUUGAUAUGGUAUUUUUUAGACACAAGGGGAAAUUUUAUUUCUUUAUAAAGUGAUUGGUUCCAGUGUCAUGUUACUACAAUGGCUGCUCUGUUUUGUUUCGCGCUUAAGCUAUUUGCCAAGACCUAUUAUGUAUACAAUUUUUCAGACAUACUGCAUUCCCUUGAUAGCAAAUAUCCAGAGGAAAGAUGGUCAAUUGUCUGGAUGAUGCUAAAAAAUCUGUUUAUUUUCGUAAAGAUAAAUGUCAUGAUGGGCACAUUUUUCGUUUUCAUUCUGAUGUCUACUGCCAUGUGUUAAUGGAGUCCUAAAAUAAAACCCAAGGGUUUUCUUCAUUAAAGUAGAAUUUGAUUUCAUCCUGCAAGGGUGGAGAUGGCACUUGGGGUGCUAGUCACAGUCAGCUAAGGAGUGCAAAGAGUGUUCCAUGGCGGAUAGGACUUUGAGGACUCACCUUACUCUGUUGUUGUUUCUGGAAUGGGUGUUUUAUAACAUUCUGGUCUCAACAUUCAACCUGCAGUAGUUUAAUAAGGCACAGAAUAUCUAUAGCACUGUUAACUUAUGAUGGUUAUGAAUUAAAUAUUCAGACAUUUUAGAGCCUGAUUCUUUUGGGAAAAUAAGGACAAAAACUAACUUCUACAACUAUUCUGCAGUCUGCAUUUAAAAACAAAUUUCUCUGUUAAAAUUUUAAAGCAGGGUUUGUUUGCAUGCCGUAUGGGAUAUCUCCAGGAAGGUUAUUAAGAAAUCUUAAUUCAAGAUGAUGGAAAUAAGGCACUUUGGAGUAAUAGUUUUGUGACAGGCCAUUGAUGCUGAGCUUUGGUUUAGAAUUAUAAGAAAUACUUACAACGUUCCACUUGUUCCUUGAUGGGAAAAUCCAACAAGAAGGCUAGGUUCUUAGGGUCAGCCUAGUAAUCUAGGGGCUCAGCUCCCUGUGGGGGGAAAUGACAGUGAACAAGUUAGCAUUUUGCUCCAUAAAUGCAUGAAAGGACAAAUUUGCAUCUUCCUAUCAGUAUUGAACUUCCUUUUGUUAAAGACAAAUAAAUAUAUCUAUAUUUUUAAAA